GAUGUGGAGCGGUUUAUUUUCUUUUCGAUGCGAUAAGGGGGCCAAAGGUACCCUAUCAGUGGUUCGGUAUCAGUGCAGCGAGAUGAUAAAAGGUUCUUCGGUGGUUCUCUUCGGUUUAGUUAAGAGUCCUGUGGCUUGUAAUUAACUUGGGUUUGUUUUUUUAGUUGUUGGUAGAAUUUGGAAUCAUGAACAAGCUGGUGUUCGUCGCCAUCGUUGGCUUUUUGGCCAUUCAGACCGUCGAAUCGCGCAACCACCAACGCAGCAACCAAAACGCAGUCCAACAAGGCGAAGUCGAACAAACCUUGUCCAAAAAAGCCCAAGAAUUCAUCAAAAACACCGACGAAGUCCUCGCCGGCAACCUCCCCGACACCAAGCAAAUCGCCGAUAAAAUCCAGGACGCCGGCCAAUCCGUCGUCGAGUACCUCAAGACCUUCAACGAUCUCGUCAAGAAAACCCUGAAAGACCACGAAGGCGAGAUCGACACCAACCUGAAGCAGUUCUCCGACAACUUGAAGUCCGUGAGGGAGACCUUCGAGACCAAAGUGUUGGGCGCCGACGGGCAGAAGAACGUCCAGGAGAUCAGGAAUGCCUUCAACAAAGGGCUCAAGGACGCCGCCAAGCACAUCGGGGAAAUCGGGGACAACUGGAAACCAGAAGCUGAGAAAUUGAAGAACGAUAUAGCGGCUGGUGGUAAGAGCUUCUUGGAGAACCUCGAGAAGGUCACCAAGGAUUUCAAAGAAAACGUCGACAAGUUGAAGAGCAAAAAUUAAGAUGUAUCUAAAUCAGAGUAUUUCAAUUGUGUAAUUAUAUUGGAAUUAAAAUUAUAUGUAACUAUAUU